UGGGGAAUUAAAGGGAAGGUGACAGGCCUGGUUACAGACUGUGCUCCCAACAUGGUUGCAUGUGCUAAUAUAUUACUGCUUCGGCACAUAAUGUGUUUUGCACAUAUGCUUAAUUUGGUGGUGAAAAAGUCCCUUGCCCAAACCCCUGAACUAGAGGAUAUCCGAAGUAAGGGGCGUAGGAUUGUCGGUCUUUUUAAAUCCAGCACCACAGCGAAGGAGAAGCUGUCAGAGAUGCAGCGACAGCUGGCCAGGCCAGAGCACAAAUUAAUACAAGAGGUGGAAACAAGAUGGAACAGCACAUUUAAUAUGUUGGAAAGGUUGUUUAAGGAGAGAGAGCCACUGGGGGCAGCUCUGGCCACCCUCCAUACAGACCUUCCUCCACUCACCUCAGAGGACUACCAGGCCAUACACCACUGCUUGAGCAUUCUUUCACCGUUUCAAGAGGCCACAGUUGAGCUUUCGACAGAAAAACGAGUGUCAGCAUCCAAAGUCAUUCCCAUGGUCAAAAUGCUGAAACAUUACAUCUCAAGCAGGUGUGGUCAGAUCACACACCCACUUGGUGAAAAACUGGCCACUAACUUGAAGAACAAUCUCCAUGAGAGGUUUUCAGCUCUGGAGAAGGUCACUGCUCUGUCAAUGGCAACCUUGUUGGACCCAAGGUUUAAAGAGCUGGGGUUCUGCAGCCAAGGCUCUGCCCACACGGCCAUAGAGCGACUCACUAAAGAGUGUGCUGCAACAAUGCAGGCGCUACUUCCAGAGGCACAGCCACAGUCGCCACCUAGAGAAGGUCCUUCAAGUCAGCAGGAAGAUGGUGGUCUCUGGGCCCUGCUGGACAGGCAUGUGGGGGUUCAACAGCAGGUGACCAGCACAACUGCCAGUGCAACAGUGGAGGUUCAGAGGUACUUAAAGGAACCUCACAUCCCAAGGACUCAGGACCCACUGAGAUACUGGGUUACCCACAAGGUUUUAUACCCACAUCUCUACAAGCUGGCAAUGAAGUUUUUAUGCACACCAGCUUCAUCUGUGCCUUGUGAGAGGAUUUUCUCCAAGGCUGGCGAAAUCGUCAGCCAAAGACGAAACAGGCUGAAGCCCAUCACAGUGGAGAAAAUUCUGUUUUUAAAUAAAAAUCUAUAACAUGUAUCCCACCCAGUCAUGUUAGACCCUGGUUCACAAUCACUCAUUCUCACUUUAUACAUGGCAUUCACAAUGUAACACAAGCACUUCUCACAAAUCUUCAAACAUUGUCUUUGUUUUAUUUCCACACUGAAGUGUUACAAGGGCAAGG